AUGAGAGGUCAAUUACAGUUGUCCCGAGUGCAGGCUGCACGGAGCGCUGCGCCAUUUCGCCCACGACCGACCUUCCGACUGUCCCAACAAGUUCGCCAUGCAUCGACAGAGCUCAAGCAAGAAGUCGCCCGCAACGAGAAGAUUGGAGACGCCCGCUCAGGUCUCACUCGCAUCAAGAACUUGAUCUUCGGAACCUCCCUACUCGCCGUCCUGGGAUUUGGAUAUCUAUAUGUCACAGACACUCGCGCGACCUUCCACCAAUGGCUCGUGCCGCGUGUGUUGCGUACCUUCAUCCCCGAUGCUGAGGAAGCCCACAAGAUCAGCAACAAGACACUUAAGGCGCUAUACUCGGUUGGCCUGCAUCCUCGCGAGAGAGGCAAUCCCGAUAUCAGCGGAGACUUGAAGGUCGAGGUGUUCGGACAUGUCUUGGACAACCCCAUUGGAACUUCUGCCGGUCUGGACAAGAACGCCGAUAUCCCUGAUGUCGUCUUGGGCUUCGGCGCUGGUAUCGUAGAGGUCGGUGGUAUCACCCCUCACCCGCAGGAGGGUAACCCUAAGCCUCGUGUCUGGCGCAUUCCCUCGCAGAAUGCUAUCAUCAACCGCUACGGUCUCAACUCCGAAGGUGCCGACAGUGUCGCUACUCGUCUGCGUCAGCGAUUGCGCGAGUUCGCAUACUCCAUUGGCUUUGGUCUGGAUCCCGUAGCAGAGCAGUCUGUCUUGGACGGUCACGCUGGCGUGCCUCCCGGCAGUCAGAUGCCUGGUCGUCUGCUCGCUGUUCAAAUGGCCAAGAUGAAGGAGACUCCGGACAACGACAUUGAUGCCAUUGCUCAAGAUUACGUCUACUGUGUCAAUCAGCUCGCCAAGUAUGCCGAUAUCCUGGUUGUCAAUGUUUCUUCACCCAACACUCCUGGUCUUCGCAACCUGCAGCAGGCUGCGCCCUUGACCAAAAUCCUGACUGCUGUUGUUGAUGCUGCCAGAAAUACUGAUCGCGCGACGAAGCCAGCCGUCAUGGUCAAGGUCUCUCCGGAUGAGGAUAGCGAAGAACAGGUCAGCGGUAUCUGUGGUGCUGUUUGGGCCAGUGGUGUCGACGGUAUCAUUGUCGGCAACACCACAAAGAAGCGUCCCGAUCCUCUGCCCGCAAACUACAUGCUUCCUGAAAGCGAACAGAAGAUCAUGCUCGAAAUGGGUGGUUACUCCGGUCCCCAGUUGUUCGAGCGCACAGUCGCUCUGGUCAAGAAGUACAGAGCAGCACUGGACAAGGGACCCAACGAGACCAAGUCCGAAUCCAAGCCUGAAACCAAGAAGAUCGAAGCACCUAAGCAACCGGAAAAGUCAGAGUUCCAGCUCGAGACCGAGGCCAUGAAGGAAAAGAUCAGAAAGCGAUUGCAGCAAAAGUCCGACGCGACACAAAGUGCCGCUCCCAACAGCCUAGACGCAGAGACAAAGUCUUCAAUCGAGUCAAGCGUAGAGCGCGACCUCAAGAACCUCAAGCCUGAAAAAGUAAUCUUCGCAACCGGCGGCAUCACAAAUGGCAAGCAAGCCCUAGAAGUGCUCAAUGCAGGCGCCAGUAUCGCAAUGGUCUACACAGCAAUGGUAUACGGUGGCGCGGGCACAAUCACCAGAAUCAAGAAGGAAAUGAGAGAGGAGAUUCGUGGUGUUAGUGAGCCUAUGUUGCCUUCUUCUGCGCCUCGUGAUGAGCGCUGA